CCUCGUUUUCCCUCUGGACAAGUGGAACUGCAAAUUAAUUCUAUGGAAAUGCCUGUUCUUCCUCCUGUCUGAGCAAAUCUGGCUUCAAUGCUCCGUCGGCGUCGCUGUUAGUUGUUUCAUCUUGUCUUUCAAGCGCUGUGUCUCUCUGCGGUCUUCUCUCGAAAUCUCAUCCUUCGUUCUUUGAACUCUCAAUCUUACUCGCAGUCCGAGCACUUUCGCCGUUGAAUUCGAAGGCUCAUGUGAUUGGAUUAAGAUCUUAAUUUAUUCCUUCAAGCUUGUCGCUGGUCGUUUUCCUAAGAUUUGGUAAAUGUUAGCGCUUGCACCAUGAAAACUAUGCCUUUUAUGGCUCUUAGAAGGAAGUUCUGUGAGAAUAUUGUGCAGGAAUUCGUGCUACAUCGAUGCUACAGUUCUAAAGUCGACUUGAAGAAGCUUCGUCCAAUGGUUUUGAAGAGAAUUCAAAAUCGGGCUAAUAACUGUCCUAUAAAAGGUCUAAUUCCAGUGGCACAGCAAGUCUUUGAAGCUAGGGCAAUGCUUAUUCAUGGAGUUUCCACUCUUCUCAAAGCAUUUCCGGUUGUCUCUUGCAAAUUUUGUCCAGAAGUAUAUGUUGGUGAGAAAGGUCAUCUGAUACGAAGCUGUGGCGGUUACAAACGCGGGCCUAAGAAUCAGGUUCAUGAGUGGACCAGAGGUGGUUUGAAUGAUGUCCUUGUCCCAGUAGAAGCAUUUCACCGUCAUCACAUGUUCGAAAAGGUUAAUGAACAUGAUGAGAGGCUAAAUUUUGAGCGUGUUCCAGCAGUUGUGGAACUCUGCUGGCAAGCUGGAGCCAGUACAAAUGAUGAAAAUCCGUCUUCAAGCACUUGGAAUUCAGUUGGUGGUGGUGGAGGCUCAGGCAGGGAUGAACCUUUAUCCGGUAAUGAGAUGAGGCUUUUGGCAACCGAAACUCUCAGGGCGUGGGAAACGGUUCGAACGGGCGUGCAGAAACUGUUAAUGGUAUAUCCUACUAAGAUCUGUAAAUACUGCUCAGACGUUCAUGUUGGGCCAUCAGUACACCAAGCUAGACCAUGUGGAGUUUUUAAAUGUGAGAGUUGGCGAGGAUCCCACUUCUGGGAGAAGGCGGAUGUAGAUGAUUUAGUUCCUCCAAAGAUCGUAUGGCAUCGGCGACCUCAAGAUCCUCCCGUGCUCGUUGAUGAAGGGAGGGAUUAUUACGGGCAAUCGCCAGCAGUCCUGGCUCUUUGCACACAGGCUGGUACCAUUGCACCACCUAAGUAUCAUUGUAGGAUGAAAGUUCAAGGCUUACCACCACCUCAGAGUCACCUCAAGCUAUGAAAUCUUCUUUUGUUCGACUUCACGUGGAGCUUGACAACAACACUCGACUCGAUUACAGUUCACGACCUUCAGGUGACCGUGCCUAUUUAUUUUCUUUCUUCCUGCUUUAUCUGUUUGGUUGAUCUAGUAAACAUAUAGAAAAAGUAACAUGAUGAACAUCAAGCAUAGCAACUUGGGAAAAGUUAUCAAAAAGUUGAACAAUUUUGAACUUGAGAAUGUCUUGUAGAUUCGUCUUCAUUCUUUUCAGUAGAAUAACAUGUCACGGGAGGCACUUUUAUAGGAAACUUGUAUGUAAAUUUUAUGGAUUUAAGGAAUUGCAUGUAGCUAUUCAAAAUCAA